UUAUAUAUUUUCCUAUUCCACACCAUUAGCACUACUCAUUUCUACUUUCAACCCAUCUCUCUAAAUAAUUCAAAAAUUCGCGUCAAAUUAAUUUUCUCACGUUCCACAAUUAAUAUAUCGUAGCACACAACUUCUUAUAUUAAAAUCUUGAAAAAAUUUCGUUGAAAACAAUGCCUUUAAUCUCUUCAUUCUUUGUUAUUCUUCAAAGGGUCAUUACAUAAUCCUGAAACAAGAAAAGGGGUGAAUUGGUUACUGCUAAAAUGCUUCAAUUGUAUUGCUCCCGCUCAUCAACUCCAAUACUAAGUCCAAGAUUCAAUCAGAUUUCUCAUUUUAAGAGAAAGUCAUUGGCUUGUGCCUGUCGGAGAAACCAUGCUUCUGACUUUUGCAUGAAUGACUGGUUGGCCAAAAGUAAAGGAAAGGUGCCGAGCAUUCAAAAGAUGACAUGCAGACAGCUAAAUUCCUCAGGAAACAUGAAUAUCUGGGAAAAUCUGAAUCCUCAGCCGUUGAAGAUGUAUUUGAAGAAUAAUUCUGAGGACUUCCCAGCUAAAUUUGUAAUAGCUUCGUUGGCAUCUUAUUUCCUGAUUAAGUUGAAGCAUCUACAUCUAAUUGGUAUGAAGAUGGGGAUGAUCCGAGAGUUAUUCUUCUUUGUAACUCAAACAUCAGGCGCUCAAAGUUUAUCUUUUGCUUGUCUUUCUAACUCCUUGAAUAAGCCAACACCACUUCAGUUGGAUGUGUCCUUUCCUUCACUGAAAGACAUCAAAUGGAGUUUAGCAAGGUUAAUAUAUUUGUUCAACAUACAACUGGAGAAAAAUGUUGCCACGUUUUUUAUUGUGCUUUUGGCAUCAUGCUUCUCAUUUGUGAUGAUUGGUGGUUUACUGUUCUUUAAAUUCAGAAAAAGCAGGGGUAGUGCUUACUCUUUGGAGGACUGCUUAUGGGAGGCGUGGGCAUGCCUCUGUUCAUCAUCUACUCACCUGAAACAAAGAACAAGAGUUGAACGUGUAAUAGGAUUCAUCCUUGCCAUAUGGGGCAUUCUAUUUUAUUCUCGUCUAUUGAGCACCAUGACUGAACAAUUUCGGAAUAAUAUGCAAAGACUCAGAGAAGGUGCACAAAUGCAAGUUUUGGAGACUGAUCAUAUUAUAAUUUGUGGAGUUAACAGUCAUCUCAACUUUAUACUAAAGCAGCUAAAUAAGUACCAUGAAUUUGCUGUUCGCUUAGGUACUGCCACUGCUAGGCGGCAGAGAAUUCUUCUGCUAUCUGAUCUUCCAAGAAAGCAAAUGGACAAAAUGGCCGACAACAUCACCAAAGAUCUCAAUCAUAUUGAUGUCCUUACAAAGAGUUGCAGUUUAAGUAUGACAAAAUCAUUUGAGAGAGCUGCAGCCAAUAAGGCACGCGCAAUUGUUAUACUUCCAACAAAGGGAAAUAGGUAUGAGGUCGACACAGAUGCAUUUCUCUCAGUGCUUGCCCUUCAACCCCUUCCAGAAAUGAUCUCUGUGCCCACCAUAGUUGAGGUUUCAAGCUAUAACACAUGUGAACUCUUGAAGUCAAUUUCAGGAUUAAGAGUGGAACCUGUUCAGAAUGUCACAUCAAAAUUGUUUGUUCAAUGCUCUCGCCAAAAGGGACUCAUUAAGAUAUACAAACAUUUGCUUAAUUAUCGAAAGAACGUAUUCAAUCUUUGCAGUUUCCCUCACCUUGUGGGAUUAAAAUAUAAGCAAUUAAGACGUGGCUUCCAAGAGGCUGUUGUUUGCGGUCUCUAUCGACAAGGGAAGAUAAAUUUCCACCCAAGGGAUGACGAAGUUUUGGAAGAAACUGAUGAAGUUUUGUUUAUUGGACCCAUUCAUGGGAAAAAAAGACCGCAGCUAGUAUACUCAAAUCUUUCUGAUGAAAGUGACAAAGCGAUAAAUGAUUCUCACACAGUGGAAAAGAAUGGACAAUUCCGGGGUAAUGCUUUGGAGAUAACAAAAGCACGUCUUGAGAAUAUAGUGAAACGGACAAAAUCAGGGUCUAAGGCAUCUGAUUCGUGUCUGGGACCUAAAGAAUGCAUAUUAAUGCUUGGAUGGCGUCCUGAUAUUGUGGAAAUGAUUGAAGAAUAUGAUAAUUACCUGGGACCUGGAAGCACAGUGGAGGUGUUAUCAGAUGUCCCUAUGGAUGACAGACAUAAAGCUAGCAGACUUGCUGGUCAAGGAAAGCUAAAAAAUGUCCGAGUCACCCACAGGAUUGGAAACCCAAUGGACUAUGACAUGCUGACAGACACCAUUGCAAACAUUCAAAAAUCAUUUAAACAAGGCGAAGAAUUUCCAUUCUCCAUUGUCGUGAUAUCUGAUAGAGAAUGGUUACUAGGAGAUGCAUCGAAGGCGGACAAGCAAUCUGCAUAUUCUCUCCUUCUUGCUGAAAACAUCUGCGACAAGCUUGGCAUGAAGGUGCAAAAUCUUGUUGCAGAAAUUGUCGAUUCCAAAUUGGGUAAACAGAUUACAAGAAUCAAGCCUUCCCUCACUUACAUUGCCGCAGAGGAAGUAAUGAGUCUUGUCACUGCUCAAGUUGCAGAAAAUAUUCAAUUGAAUGAGGUUUGGAAAGAGAUUUUGAACGCCGAUGGAGAUGAAAUAUAUGUUAAGGACAUUAGCCUUUACAUGAAGGAAGAUGAGAAACCUUCAUUUGCUGAACUUUCUGAAAGAGCUCAUUUGCGAAGAGAAGUUGCUAUCGGAUAUGUGAAGAACAACAAGAAGGUUAUCAACCCAAUCCCGAAAUCAGAACCCCUUUCUCUUGAACCGGGUGAUUUGCUGAUAGUGAUAUCAGAACUUGAAGGAGAACAACCCAUCAUCACAGUCAACAAACAAACAACAACGACCCCUCAAUCCCAAGCAACUCAAGGAAAAUAAUUGAGGUUGCACCUUACUUAUUCCACCAACUACGAUGAAUGCCAGGUCGUUGUAUAGGUUCUCUGUUGGAUCAUCAGUUCUUGGCUUCUUAUCAAUUGCUGAAAAAGAAGGUAAGAAAAGAAACAAGGAGCAAGCAUGAUUUAUAGUGUUCGUGAAUGUUGCAGAUAAUAGGAGAUACAAGUUACAGGAAAUGUAUAAGAAAUAAGCACAUCAAAGUUAUAAAAUUUGCAAAGAAAAAACCAAAGUUGGAUAGAACUAUAGGUCUUUUCCUCAUCUUAUUCUAUUUUUUCCCACUGCUGGUUAAGAGGGAAAAUCCCAUUUGGAGAAAAAGUCCCACAUUUUAUAGUAGAAUCAUCAACUCAAAGGAGAGGUUUUAGAAACAGUUCAAGCCAAAUAUGAUUUUCAUAUUUUUAAAGGAGUGAUGAAGAUUGCUGGUGAAGUAAACUUCAUCUUACAAGUUUUUGAUCAAGAGAACUGAUACUAUACUGUACAAAGAAUGAUUCUUGAUAACUUGUACUCUGUGUGAGAAUGAUUUCCCACAAUGUAUAAUAAAAUCCUUUUUUGGUUCCAUAGUAAUGACAUUUUUUCAUAA